AUGGCAGACACAAAACAAGAAAAUCAGACAUCCCUCACAGAAUUCAUCCUCUUGGGGUUUGGGAAUCUCCCUAAACUACAGAUCUUUCUCUUUCUAGUUUUUUUAUUAAUCUACUUUGUGACCAUAAUUGAGAAUGUACUCAUCAUUCUUCUCGUCGUGAUAGACCAGCACCUGCAUACACCUAUGUACUUCUUCUUGGGGAACUUGUCCUGCUUGGAGACCUGCUACACUUCAAACAUCUCACCCAGGAUGCUGGUCAACUUCCUGACAAAGAAAAAGAGAAUCUCAUUUAACAGCUGUCUCUUGCAGUUUUAUUUCUUUGCUUCCUUGGCAUGUGCUGAGUGUUACCUUUUAUCUGCAAUGUCUUACGACCGUUAUUUAGCAAUAUGCAAACCCUUGCAUUAUACAACACUUAUGAAUGUCAGAUGCUGCAUCCUUCUGUCAGCCGGAUCCUGGCUUUGUGGAUUUCUGGCUAGCAUAGGCACUACACUGUAUGCAUCCUGGCUGACUUUCUGUGGGCCCAAUGAAAUUGACCAUUUCUUUUGUGAUUAUAUACCAUUACUAGUGCUCUCUUGCAGUGAAACCCGCAGAACAGAACUGAUCAUGUCCAUUUUAGCCUCUGCAUGCACCAUGCCUCCAUUUCUUUUAACCCUGGCAUCUUACAUCUGUAUCAUCGCUGCUGUGUUGAAAAUCCCUUCCGGCAUAGGGAGAAAAAAGGCUUUCUCUGCCUGAUCCUCCCACCUCAUUGUAGUCACAGUUUUCUAUGGAACCCUAAUUGCUGUCUAUACCUUGCCCAAAACUAAAGCCCUUAAAGAGUUAAACAAAAUGUUGUCUGUUUUUUAUACUAUCCUGACUCCUAUGCUCAAUCCUCUCAUCUACAGCUUGAGAAACAGAGAGUUUAAAGAAGCUUUGAGAAAAGCUAUUGGCAAAUAUAUUCAUUAA